UCUAAACCUAACAAACCAUUAGGCGAUAAGAAAACUUUGACCAAUCAAAGAUCUAAUUCAACACAAGGACUAAAGGACCUAUCAUUACCGGUGCAGAAACCAACUCCUUCUACUAGUAGACCAACUCCUCGCAACGAAACAAUUCCUAUUACAGGAUGGGAGCCUCCCAAUUUCGACGAGAUGCAUAAGAAGAAGACGGUUAAUACACUAAUGGGCUCAGCCCCCGGUUUUAUGGACCUAGUCGAUGACGUAUAUGAACGUUUGUUAGCAGAUAAUUACGAUAAAAUGCAACAUUUUCCUCAAGAUAUAUUCCGUUAUUACUGUGCUACCCUAUGGUGGGCGCGCGUUAUAAUUCCUGAUAAGUUAUAUCAAUAUUACCAUUCAAUUGGAAAUUUUACUUUUAUGGGUGAAACUUUCCAUUAUAGGAUAGAUGAAACUGAUGAUUUCACGGGUGUAAACCGUAAAAUUACAGGUUUCCUCAAAGAUCCAUUUACUGGUAAUGCCAACUGCGACCCAAACAUGUUCUGGAAAUAUGCAGAUUUACCUAUACCAGGGAUUCUGCUUUUAAAUAUGAUCCAUGAAUUUCAAGGCAUAAAAGGAUGGAACAUAAUUCCAUAUCAACACAAACACUCAAGCUGGAGUUCGACUUAUCAACAGCUCGGAUUUACUGGCACUCAACAAUUGUUGAAGCAUCACUUCCCUCAGAUUUU